CACACACGCGCGCGCGCGCGCACACACACGUGAUCAACUGCAGGAUUGAUUCACUGUUGGAGACUGAAGGUCUUCUGCCGCACCUCUGGACAUUUAAUCCACAUUUAAACGCGUCUGGAGCCCAAGAACAAUCAGGAUGAUUCCUGUGGUUUCUGAGUCCUGCUCUCAUGUUCUGGCCGAGUUUGACUGUCUGGAUCCUCUUCUCUCUGCCCUGCGGCUUGACACGGGUCGAAUCAAAUGCACAUGUGUGUCCGUGUCCAGGAAGUGGUUGGCUCUGGGGACGUCUGCUGGGGGGCUGCACCUCAUUCAGAGAGAAGGCUGGAAACAAAGACUCAUACUCCCGCACAAAGAAGGUUCAAUCACACAGGUGUUGUGCUGCCCUCAUGAUGAAGACUUUAUCGCCGUGGCAACAAGUCAAGGUCUGGUAGUGGUGUGGGAGCUGCAUGUGGAGCGUCGCGGUCGUCCAGAGCGAGCGUGUACAUCAUGGGAACAUCGCGGGACCACUGUGACGUCUCUGUGCUGGGACACCGCAACCCUCCGAGUGUUUGCUGGAGACGUUGGAGGGAAAGUGUCUUGCGUCCGCGCCGGGUCUCCUAAACUCGGCAAGGGCUCAGCGUUUGUCAUCUUCCCCGUUCAGAACAUCACCACGGUGGACUCACGUGUUGUUCAGCUGGGCUGCGUGGACGGACAUCUCGUGAUCUCGUCUCUCAGCCGCUGCUACCUGUGUGAUACUGAGAGGGAGAAGUUCUGGCGUGUGGGUAAUAAGGAGCGUGACGGAGAGUUCGGGGCGUGUUUUCUCCUGCAGGGUCAGUGGGGUCAGCCGGGCGUACCUCCCCCUCUGCUGUACUGUGCCCGGCCGGGCUCUCGUGUUUGGGAAGCCAGUUUCAGCGGUGACGUUCUGAGCACACAUCAGUUCAAACAGCUGCUGGCCUGUCCACCGCUGCCGCUCAUUUCUUACAGGAAUGAGCCACAUUUCAACUCUACACAGACGAGUCCACAGUCUCUGGCUUUUCCAAGACUCCUUCAGAUCGGAGAUCAAAACCUUCUCACCUGGACAGAUUCAGCCAUCUACAUCUUCACCCCUCACAGUGGCCAGGUUCUGUUGUGGACAGAGGUCAAAGACGUGGUGGACAUCGCUGUCUUCCAGAAUGAGCUGUUUUGUCUUCAUGACGAUGGCCGUUUGUCUCAUUUGUCAUUGUUGUCACCUGAGCGCUGUGUCGAGCGUCUGAUGAAGAGAGAGAACUGGACACUGGCUGCCACCGUCUGCUGCAUGUUUCAGCACGCAGUUAUUGCAUCCAGGGCCAGAAAGUCCCUCCCCACUGAUCGACUGGAGCAGCUGAAGGUGCAGCUAAACCCCGCCUCCCAGCAGCAGCUGAUUGGUCAAGUGGAGGAAGUAAUCAGCAAGUUGGAGCCGCUGGAUUCUGCCUGUAGCAGCCGCAGGAGCAGCAUCUCCUCACACGAGAGCUUUAAUGUUCUCGACUGUGGCAUCUAUCGCGUCAUCAGCCGACGAGGCAGCCAAUCAGAUGACGAUACCAACUCAAUCGCCACCCAGACAACGCUGGAGGAGGAGCGGCUGAAGGAGUUCAGUUUCACUGAUGAUCAGGUGGAAAAUGACUGUCAGUCCGUGCGAGGAGAGAGCGACAGGUCUGAUCUCGGUCUGCAGUUCCUGCCGUUGUCUUUCCGGCCUAAACCUCCACGAGCUCUGCAGGCUGUCCGGGACAGCGUAUCCAGUUUCAUGAAAAAGACCACAGAGAAGAUCAACACCCUUCAGAUGAACAGUGACCUCUGGCCUCGGCCUGACCUCAGGGAGGGCGUUCAGGGCGAGGUGACGGCUCCUGUGACCCCUCUGCCUGAUGAAGGAGAACACGAAGCGAACGACGAGCAGAUGAGCUCCGAGUCUGAACUGCAGGAGUUGAGAGUCGCCACACAGACGGCCACAUCUCAGAUCCACGACCCUCUGGUUUUACUCGACCCCGUCGCUCUCGGCGAGGUGCUUGGUGAGUGGGCUCUGGUUCUGGAGAGGGUGCUGGGUCCAGAAGACCCCGGGAGACCAAGAGACACCGACAAUCACGGGACGGAAGAGAAGGAGCAGACUCUGGAGGAUGAAGGUGUUUUGUCUUCUGUGUCCUGUUGCAUUGUGGUCCAGCCGGAGAGUUUGUUAGCUCCACCCACUGACACGGACCAAUCCUCAACUUUCACUGAAGACCACUUUGGAGAGAGCGGUCCGUGUCUCAUGGCCCCGGUCAGAUCCCCGUUCACGCCCUUCACGAACCCAGUGGAGCUGAUCCAGCUGUUUUCCCCCAAACCCCUGCCCCCUGACCUCCACGCUGACCUCUCACAGCUGGCCUGUCUGUACCUGGAGCUGGACUGUCCCGGCAGAUGGAGGAGAGACGGAGAGGGUGUGUGUGUGUUCUUGAGGAGAUAUUUCUUCCUCUUGGACCAGGAGCGAGUGAGGAACAUGUGUACGCUGAGAUACGGGCAGCAGCCUGAUGUGCGCAAGUCCUACAUCGCUGGCAUGAUGGAGUUCACUCAGGCCAGUAAGGUGGUGGAAGUGAUUCAGAAGGGAGAUCUGCUGAAAUCUCUGCGCAGUUUGAGAGAUCUUCAGCCGUGGAAUGCACCUCUGCUCCUGUCGCACCUGUACAGGCUCUACGAGAAACACGGAGAGGUGGCCGUUCGUGCUUACCCACAGUUCUACCCCACAAUCCUCCCCUCUGACAUCAUGGCCAUGGCUUUGCCCAACCACUUCCUGCCUUACCUGGACAACCUCGUCCAAUCACGAUCCGAGCAGCAGAGGUUGUCUUUUCUUGGAUCUCUUCUUCGACCAGAAUCUCUGCGACAGGAUUGGCUGGAACUGGCUCUUUCCCAUGAUGCUCCACAGAGGGCAGACACGCUCACACCGAAUGGACGACCCAGGUGGCGCUCUCAUUUCUUCAGUUGGGGUUACGGACGACUGCUGUCUCUGCUCAUCCGUUUGCCUGCUGAUCUGAGAUCCAAACAGAAGAUGCUGGAGACGUGUCGAUCUCAUGGGUAUUGGAUGGGUUAUCUGUACCUGUGCAGAGAGCUUCAGCAGCGAGUGGAGGCUUUCAGCGCUAUCUGUAGACUGGAUGACAUGACACUACUGGAGGACACUGACGGUAUUAUUCCCCAGACUCUUGAUGAGUGGGUGUUACUUCUUCAGCUCUCUCAGCAAAUCAGCAGCGAUGCUGAUGAGGCCCCGCCCCCAUCUACUCUGCAGCGCAGCAGGAAUGGAUCUGGGUCCGGUGAUGACAGUGCUUCUUCUGAUGUGUCUAACGGUUCUGGCGAGCGGAGCGUUCGGGUCAGCCCAGAGAACAUUGCCCUGCGUCUGGUGCGAGUGUUUGGGCCGGAUGGAGCUCUGGAGACCCUGCAGGAGUGCGGCAUACAGAUGGACCUCAGUCCACGCUCCACGCUGGUGUGUGAUCUGCUGCGGAUGACCGAGAAGAGACAAAGAGCAUUGAUUCAGUCGAUGCUGGAGCGUUGUGAUCGGUUUCUGUGGUCUCAACAUGCUUAAGACAUGACCACUGGAUGACCACGUGUUCCCAAGAAGCUACACUACAGUCCCGUCUGGAAUCUGAAGCAAGUGUUUGAUAAGAAUCAAACCAGUUCAUUAGACAUAUUUAACGAUCACACCAGAUCUGUGCUGUGAUCUGAUGUGAUCAGGGCCGUUUAUUGAGAACCACAUCCAUAUUUUUUAUGAUCUGUUUCCUGCUGUAUGUAUCUAUAAAUGCAGUAUAAACAAUGAGCUGGGAAACAUGAGUGUAACAGUGUCUGUGGAAGUGUCCUUUUGUAUGAUAUAACUUACAGAUACUUCAAUAUUUAUCUAUUUAAUUGCCAUAAAGUUAGUUUCUUCUGACAGUAUCUAUGAACACAAGUGAUGAUGAGUAUGUGAACAAAAGAGGUUUUAUGUGCCUAAUGUCUCAUGUCUGAACUGGUUUAUCUUAAAGAAAAGCACAAUAAAUCUGAAUAUAAGAAUAGUCACCGCA